AGCAUUUUUGCAGGCCGUGCCCAGCAAGGCACAGAAACAUACAGAAACUAGAGGGCAGGGAAGGAGCUUCCCGUCGCCUGUUUUUCCACUUUCGGGAUCUUUUGGGCUUCUCCGUCUUCCCACGCCAUCGGGCUGGCUCGCCGUUCCGGCCAAAGCCGGCCUGGAUGACGCUGCCAUGUGGUGCCAAGACCGAGUCCAACACAAUGGUCGAGCCCGUCCCUGUUGAAUUCGAUUUCACUGGGGUGCCACCACCUAGAGUCUUCGAGCCUCCGCCCGGAUCAAAGGUGGUGCCACGGAGGAUUUUGUCGCCCAUCCACCACUAUUUGUCUCGCUCGCGAAAGCCAUUCUGGAGCGAAGACCUUAUCUUUACGCAGCCGCCGCGGAUCUACGUGGACCAGAAGUCUGUCUUUCGGGAGAUUGCUUCGGUGACGCAGCUGCGGCGUGGCGAUCAUUGCAUGAUAACGCUCAAUGUACUUCGAUGCUUGAGCCCUUGGAUAGACUACCUGGUAAGCUUGAUGGGAUCCUUGGAACUAUCUCAUUUGUACCAUCAUUUUGUGAUCCUCGAGGAUGUGGACCACGUGGACCAGUUCGGCGUCCCUCGCACGAAACAGGGUGCGAUCGUCCAUAUCAUGGAGUACUCAAACACAGUGGAAGGCUUUAUAGAAGAAGUGCGUGUCAAAAGUUUCGGCGAAUGGCUGGCCCUGCCGAAGGUGUUCUUAGACUGCAUUCUUCAGAAGGCGCGAUGUGGCAGGGUCCCCUUAGCUGACUACGGGGACAUGCCUCACAUUUUCCGAAUGGAGGAGAGGCUUACAGAGCAACAGCGUGAACGCAUCGUCCAUGAUGCUGAGCAGUUUAUUGCAAACCCGCAAGCGUACAACAUCCUGUGGUCUAAUUGCGAACACACGACGAACCUGGUCUCCGGGAAACAGCAGUUCACAUCGCCAGAAGUGCACUUCUUCCUUUGGAGCAUUUGUCGCUACUUUUUGACCUUCUUUGGGCUGGCAACCCUUCAUGCCGUUACCAUGCAGUGCUACAGCAGAUACUGCUUGCAGUACCCCUUUUGGGCGUUGGCUGCGUACUACACCUGUACAGCCUUGCCAGUCCUGGCUCAGAUUGUAGUGCAAUUUGGGCGACUAGCGCACACAGUGGCAGCAUCGUGGAGAAAGAGCUUAAUCUCGAGAAAUGAUGUGUACCACUUGCUCUUGAAGGAGGGUUGUCCCGCGCAAUUUUCAACGGAGCCCUGGCCUUCGGCUUCCUCCUGCAGGGGCCUCCGUUCUCGACGGUGGGCGCCGGACAUUUUACACUUCGCCGACGGAAGGUAUCCCAUCAGAAUUUCUGUUGCCAUCGUGUUUGCCUACCUCGCAAGCGACGCUAUCUUUGCACUGCUCGCACAGGUAGUCACGCGGAUCCUGCUCCAAACGCAGGGUCACUAUUGGCUUAUUGGCGGCAGCGACCAUACGUGGGAAGAGGAGGAAAGAAUUCGGGCUGAGGCCAAGACUCCAAAGUCCAAAGCUGAAUAGCACUGGCUGGAUCAUUUGGAUCGCAGUGCGCAAUGUGGCAACGCACGCAUAGACAUGGGCCAU